AUGGCACCCUCUGCAACCGAGACCACCACUACUACCCGUGGCCCUGCGCCCGUCCAAACUUACCACCUCCACCUGGAUAAGCACAAGGAGAUUGACACCACACAAAUCGACCGUGAUGUCGAGCUAGGAAAGACCGGGGCACCCGGGGCCAAGUAUCCCCAUUACUUGCCAACAUGGAACCCGGAAGACAAGUAUCCUGCUCUGGAGCCUUUCGAGCAUUACGAGCACGGGAAGGAUGCUGAUACAUCUUACCGCAACCUGCUUCCUGAGGGUGCCACGGUCAACCAUCUGACACCAUUCACUGGCUCAGAAGUCCGUGGUGUUCAAUUGAGUUCCCUUUCCGACGCAGGAAAAGACGAACUCACUCGAUUCGUCGCUGAGCGCAAGGUUGUUGCCUUCCGCGGCCAAGACUUUGCCGAUCUAUCCAUCAAAGAUGCUCUUGAGUUCGGUGGUUACUUUGGCCGUCAUCACAUUCACCCAACCUCUGGUGCACCGGAAGGACACCCUGAAGUCCACCUUGUCCAUCGUGGAGCCAACGACCAAAACUUCAAAGCCUUCUUCGAGGCCCGCACAAGCUCCGUUGCCUGGCACGCUGACAUCACAUAUGAGAAGCAGCCACCUGGCACAACGUUCCUCUAUUUGCUCGACGGACCAGAUGUCGGUGGUGACACUGUUUUUGCCGAUACUGCGCUGGCAUACCGGCGCUUGAGCCCCCUCUUCCAGCAACGUCUUCACGGGCUCAAGGCAACUCACUCUGGUAUUGAGCAAGUGAAUGCCUCUGUUGCAAAGGGUAGCAUCAAGAGACGCGAGCCCGUUGUCAGCGAACAUCCCGUUAUUCGGACUCAUCCUGCUACCGGCGAAAAGGCAAUCUUUGUGAAUGAGCAAUUCACUCGUGAUAUCGUUGGCUUGAAGCGAGAAGAGUCUGAUGCUCUACUCAAGUUUCUGUACGACCACAUCGCUCGAAGCAUUGACUUGCACGUACGCGUCAAGUGGGAGGCGGACACAGUUGUGAUCUGGGAUAACCGAGUCACUCAGCAUACUGCAUUGGUGGACUGGGAGAAUGGCGAGCGAAGGCACUUGGCCAGGAUCACCCCUCAGGCUGAAGUGCCAUAUGAAACUCCUUUUGAAUCCUAG